GAAAAUAACAAUGAAAAUAACUAAAACACGGAGCAAAGUGGCAACUGACUUCUGACUAGUUGUUAGCUUUUGGUGCAUAUUCUGCCAACGAACGAACCCAAACAACGCACGGAGGACGAGAGAGAGGAGAGAGAGAGAGCCAUUUCUCUGCUAUUAACACACCUCCGUUACAGGAAACGCAUCAAAACUACACAAUUCACGAUGGUGGGCGCAAUAAAGGCGGCGGUAGGUGACGCGGUGCUGACAUUUAUGUGGAUCUUCUGCGCCUCCACUCUCGGCGCCGUCACCGCCGUGGUUUCGUCGGCGAUCGGCGUUCAAGGCCUCCUAUGGCCGUCUCUAUUCAUCACGACUGUCCUCAUCUUCCUCCUCGUCUUCGGUUUCUCCUUCAUCGGCGAAGUCCUCGGCGGCGCCACCUUCAACCCCACCGCCACCGCCUCCUUCUACGCCGCCGGCCUCGGCUCCGACACUCUCUUCUCCAUGGCCCUUCGCUUCCCUGCUCAGGCAUUGGGUGCUGUGGGCGGAGUUGUGGCCAUAAAGGAGGUGAUGCCGGAGCAGUACAAGCACAUGCUUGGAGGGCCUUCUCUGAAGGUUGACUUACACACUGGAGCCAUUGCUGAGGGGGUGUUGACUUUCGUAAUGACCUUUAUUGUUCUUGUUAUUAUUCUCAAAGGUCCUCGUAGUCCUCUUCUCAAGAUGUGGUUGAUUGCCGUCGCUACCGUGGCGAUGGUUGUCGCAGGUUCUUCGUACACCGGACCUUCAAUGAAUCCUGUCAAUGCCUUUGGUUGGGCUUAUGUGAACAACUGGCACAACACAUGGGAUCAGUUUUACGUUUAUUGGAUUUGUCCCUUCAUAGGAGCAGUGUUUGCUGCCUGGUUCUUCCGUGCUCUGUUUCCCCCACAAGUCAAAAAACAAAAGAAGGCCUAAAGAGCACAUUAGCUCCUUGGCCAUGGUCGUUAGUCGGUAGCCAGCCGGUAAUAAGCAGCUUUCUUCCUUUGCUACUACUCUUUUAUCUGUUUAUCAUCUCCUUAACGAGUAAGAAUGUGAUCCGACUUGUCGAGGAAAUAGAAUAGAGCAUUUGCUUCCUUUUAAGUUUGUGGUGGCAUGACUUUUCUAUGUUUGAUCAGAACACUGUUAAUAUCUUGGUUUAAGUUGCAGGUAGUUCUGGGGGUUCUUUUCAAUCCUCCUUCAUUUCCUUGUUUUUAUUGUGAUACACCCAUUGGUAUGAUAUACUUCUCCGCGAGGAAUGUCAUUUAUCGUGACCAAAUGAUAUAACGUGUUGAAGUGACUAUGUAACAUGACAUUUUCUCUUUGUAGCAAUGACUUUGUAAGAGUCCAUUUAACAAUAAAACUAUGUAAUGUGUACAACAAGAAUAAUUUAUUCCUCAUACUAAGACACCUUUGCAAAGUUAUUAUUACAUAGGAUAAAUAUAAUAUUAUGUUACAAUAGAGGAC